AUGGCUACUGGUUAUUAUGAUAUUAUAGAUGAAGUUCGGGUGGUGCUAGUUGAUCCCGAAACAGAGAAUGUCACUGAAAUGGUGGAUUUGCUGAAGUCUUAUGACUACAAAGUUAUUACGGUUCGUACAUCUUCAGAAGCAGUGGAAAUGCUCUCCAAAGGAGAGAAAAAAGUUGAUGUUAUUAUAAUCAGUGUUCAUUCACCGAAUUUGGAUUCUUUUAAACUUUUGGCUCAAGCUAUGACCUUGAAUAUAAUUUCACUAUUUGUAUGUGAUGCAUACAAUGAACUCUUGGCAAAAAAGGCUUUGAAAGAAGGAGCAUGCCUUUUUGUACAAAGGCCACUAAAUGAGGAAAUUAUAAAAUACUUGUGGCAAUUUGUAUUGAGGAGAAAAAUAGAAAGAGAGAAAGCGAAAAAAGGAUCAGAAGAUGGAGACAAGAGGAUUGUUAAAGAUGUUGAUACAAAUAAUAUGGAUGGAGAUAAUGAAGUAUUAUCUAAAGAAACAAAUGAUGUGGCUAAUACUGAGGAACAUAGAAAUAAUAUUGAUGAAGCUGAAGACAAUAUCACAUUGAAUGGAAAAUACAAGAGGAGGAGGAAGAACAAUAGAAAAGAUAGAAAAAAGGAUAAGGUUAUUAAGCAAAAGAACUGUGUAAAGUGGAAUGCGGAUCUUCAUGCGAAAUUCAUGGAAAGUUUGGAACAAUUAGGUGAAGGAAGAUGUUACCCAAAGGAUAUAGUGGAGGUUAUGGAUGUGUCUGGUCUUACAAGGAUGCAGGUAGCGAGUCAUUUACAGAAAUGUCGUUUCAACAAUUGGAAAUCUCCAGAAGAGCACAAAAGUAAUCGUCGUCUAUCAGGCCAAGAAUCUUUAAGUGAAUUUCCACAAAAAAAUAGCAAUAGAAAAUAUGGGACAAUGCCCCGUCUUCAAAAUAAUAUUCCUAAUCAGAUCCAAAGGGGACCAGAGUUUCCAUUUUCAACUCUCAAUACCAGCAACAUUUUUGCCAGAGGGGUGAGUUCAAUUCAAGAGAAACUCUAUCCUCCACAAUUUCAGGUUCAACCUCACUACCCCAACAUUGACAAUUCAUUAAAUAAUCCAUUUUUGUCUGUGCAAAAUAAUGUUGGCGGUGUGCUUCAACAACAUCAGCAUAGACCAUUAUUGGAAAUGUUUGGUUCACUAAGGCUACAUGACCCAAUUAUAGGAAACAUUACUCAUAGGCCUGGCUCGGCAUUUAACACUUGGAAUCGUCAUACUCAAAGUGAGUACAACUUGGACCUCAAUGUAGCUCAUAAAACAACACAUUCAGGUAGUAAAAUAAUGCAUGAUAUAGGUGUUGAAAAUACGACUAUUAAUGACUACAACUUGAAUGUGAAUGCAGGAAAUACAAACACAGAUUCAGGUAGCACAAUGAUGUCUGAUACUGAUGCUGAAAAUGCGACUAGUGACGAACUUGGAACAAUAAAUGCUAAUUUUCAGCAACAUAUUGCUGAAUCAAAUAUGUCUUAUCCGAGUAAUAUCGCGACAACAUAUAAGAGUGAUAUAGAAGGAAGUGAUUCAAAUGAGAAGGAAGAUUGUGAUGCAUAUUCUAAUUUCAAUAAUAUGGGUUAUUUCUUCCAAAAUCUUGGACCUCCAGGUGCUAACCUACCCAAUUCAUAUGACAGUGAGUUUGAUCAAGUUUAUUCUGAUGAUUAG